AUGUGUUGCCCUGUUGGUGCACGGCUGCCGACCUUCGACUUCUUCGAAGUGUUGCUUCAGCGAAGCGACCACGAGAGCAGCGAAGCCUUCGGCUUGAAGGUUUUAUGCUGCGAUGGUUUGUUGAUCAUGUAUGCAGAGCAGGAUAAUGGAAUUCUGCAGCGAUGGAACUGCGAUCAUCCGACGAAGAAGAUUCGCGAAGGCUAUGCCAUUAGCUCCGUGAACGGCAAGGAGGGCUUCGACUUCCAAGCCGUCGCCUUUCUGCCGGGCAUCCCCACGGUCAUUGAGAAGCAGGCCCUAGCGGCAAACCUGGCGGACGCCCUUGAGGUGGUAUGCCCUGUGCUUCAGCCCCCUGCCCCACCACCUGAGCGGCAGGACCAGCCGGGCAUUGGUCGCCGGGUGGUGAACGGCGAAGUCUUCGCUCGGAAUGUCCCUGCGCUGAUGAACGGCACUGGGAGCUUCUUGUCGCCUGACUGGGUGGCCAAAUCCAUUCCACUUCACUCGCUGAGCUGUCAGGCUCUAACCGCGGUGGCCAAAGUAGAGAAAUGGUCCGUGGAUGUGCUGAGCCUCUACAGCGCGGGCGAACCCUACCAGUCCAACAGCCUUUUGGCCCACGUGAACGUCACCGCUGACAUCCCCGGGCGGCUUCGCUGCUUGGGGUACUUGGACACCAAGGCGCCACCACAGGUACCACAAGAUGUCUUCGUGCCAACGGACUCGCUGAGCCUCGUGGGCGAAUCAGACCUCAUCCAGUACGAUAUCCCGGCCACUAAAGUCGUGACCUUGAGGAUCUCGCAGCAGCGUGUGGCCUUCUUGGCACCCGCCGUGAACUUCGCCGGCGCCGCGCCAUCGAUCUUUGUGUGGUGUGCCCAUGAUGGCUCGACCGUGCUGUACCCGAACGGCUCGCCCUUGGUGGUGAACAUUCAGGCACGUCAGCCUCCAAGCUUCAUCUACAAGCAGUUCAACACCACCGUGACCUCUGUUGACCUCACUUUACAGCUGGAGUUUACACCGAUCGUGGCGGAAUUUAGUGAGACGUUCCCCAAGAACUACUACGACCAGGUAGACUUCCGUGCGCGGCCUGCUCUCCCAGCUGGUCUGACCAUAGACACGACCACUGGAGCCAUUGGUGGCAUCCCUGUCCUGGCUGGGGCCUUCCAACGGAGCUUGGUGGCCAUUUCGCUGAACCCACCGCGCCUGGCCGCCUCCUAUGACUUGGAGAUCCGGGUGAAGGACGUCCUGGGGCCGAGCUUCACCAGCGCCAGCGCUGACAACAUGCUGGUCAGCAUUCAGCCACGCUCCACGAACAUCUUUCAACCACAGAAGGCCUUUCUUCUCGUCCGCAAGCGUACGAAUCCCUUUACUGACACGCCGGAGGAAUUCUUCUGCCUGAAUGCGCUGAGAGACAUUCCCUUCAGGAACAUCACGGAGGUGAUUUGCACCUUGCAGGAUGAAGUCUGUUGCUGCGCCAGCUACGUCCUUCUGCACGUGCCAGUGCAGGACCUACGCUUGCGCACAGCGGACUGCAGCUUCCUACCCACCGAGAGGUAUCACAUUGGGGGCCUUGUCGAGGGGCUGUUGCAGACCUCAGAAGGUGUGGCGAGACCAGCUCGGCUGCACUCCUCCUACAAGGUGUACGCCACCAUGCCGCCACAGGUCACGGCCCAGGACAAGAAGCCAGUACGCUUUGACCUGGUGAUCUUAAUGCCUUAUCAGGAGUAUGCAGCUCAGAAGGAGAGCCUCAACGGUAUCCUGAUCCAAGAGCUCACCGACACGGUGUUUAUUCCCAAGGACUUGGUGGAGAUCUUGUCCGUGGAAGAGAGCAGCGGUGACACGGUGGUCAGCGUCUCUUUCUAUGUGGAGCCAAGAUGCUUGCAAGAACUUGGCCCAGAGGCGGAAUUGCUCUCCUUUGGCAUCAAUACCAAGGAAGGAUGUAACCUUGUGGCUCCGUUGGAGUACAUGAACGAGCUGAAGACCCAAGUGUCCAACAAGGCCUCCGCCUUGUUUUACCAAGACCUGGUCCUUCUGAACAAGGUGCAUCCUGAGAGAUCCUUCAGCUUCGCUGAGCAACACUUCUGCAACAAGGAGCCCCUUUGGGAGUUUGGCGCAGUGGCAGCGACCGAAGGCGAUUGCCCUUUCGACCUGGUGAAGGUGGGCAGCAUCGGAAUGGUGGCCGUCAUUGUGGGCCUGUCGCUGGUUUUAAGCGGCCUUGGGCGACUGGGACACAAAUGCGGCUGCUGCCUGCGUUUGGCCAAGGUACGGAUCCUGGAUAUCUUGACGCCCAUCUUGGGCCUCUACACCACUGGUUUCGACUAUGUUUGGCUUUUUUAUUUGCAAGGGAAUAACGUGCACCCUUUGCACGUGACGCUCUUCAUGGCCUGUUUGUGUAAUCUGUUUUUAUGCUUCGUGGUGAACGCUGCUGUCUUGCGGCUGACGCUCACCAGCUACAUCAUCGACACGCCAUGGUGGCGGAAGAACCGAAAGAGGUUGAGGCUGAUCCUGCUGCUCUCAGUAUUUUCCCCUCGCUUCUUCCGGAUUACCAAUUCGCACAUUGCAGCGAUCGACCGGACUCACAUCCACUUCGGCACGCCGUCAAAGAUGGCUGUGGUUUUUGCAAAUUUGGGCCUGGCGACGCUACUGCAAGAUCUUCCAUUGCUUCUGGUCCAAGUCUAUGUUUGGCUCAUUUGGCGGAAUUUGGCCCCGAAGGUGACUUUGCUUUGUUUCGGCCUGUGCCUGCAGAGCAUUCUCACCACAAUCUUGCACUACGUCUUCAGCCGCUCCCAGCGAGCCGCGUACGAGCGCGUGGUGAAACUCCUGGGCGUCCGCCGCUUGACCGCCGGCUUCUUCGACGUGUCGGCCACGGUGGGCCAGGCUGGCAAGGGCCAGUCAGAAGGCCUCCGUGUGGGGAAGAAGGCCGAUGACCCGGGUCGCUUCAAAGCUGAAGGCGUCGAUCCCACGAAGUUGGACCCCAUUCAGGCGGCCAUGUACGUCGCCCAGAUGUAUGACAAGCGAAAACCCAAGGAGGAGGAGCUCUUCUCCGAGGACAGCGAAGGAAGCAAGGAGGAACCCUUGAAGACCAACACACCGCAGAAGACCUUGUAUCCUCCAAACCUGUACGAAAAGAUGCGGCGAUUCUAUGCCCAGCACGACCCCACCAAGCUCACCAGCAUUUCUCGCGGGAACGUCGCGGUGGACGAAGCGGCGCUUGACGCUGAACUCAAGAGCAAGUUUGGUGUUGGGUUGGAGUCGGUGCAGUGA